CUCCCGCCCCUCCCCCGCCCCUCCUGGCCGGAUCGGCGUGCGCCUGCGCACGGGAGGCCGGAGGAGUCUUACCCUAAUGUAAGAUGGUGGCCCGUCUGGCUGUGGAACCCACCGAAAGCUGAGAGUCUCUCUCUCAGCCGUAAAGGUCGGACUCACUGAAGCAAUCAGGCCCGGUUCUGAAGAGUUUUUUCCCCGACGCUCGUUCGGUGGUUUCUUGUGAGGACGCGGCAGCGCGUGGAGUCGGCUGAGGGAAAAGCGAGGCAAGGCAGGCGGGUCGUCAGAGUCCUACAUUUUAGCUUUCAGUGCUGAACUUCCUUCUCCCUUAAAUUAUUAUAAACUUUUGCUGCUGUUUAAUAAACGUGAAGAUGUCUCGCAGUCCUGACGCGAAGGAAGACCCUGUGGAGUGCCCUCUUUGCAUGGAGCCCUUGGAGAUAGAUGAUAUCAACUUUUUCCCUUGCACCUGUGGCUACCAGAUUUGCCGAUUUUGUUGGCAUCGAAUUCGCACUGAUGAAAAUGGGCUUUGUCCUGCAUGUAGAAAGCCAUAUCCAGAAGACCCAGCAGUUUAUAAACCACUCUCCCAGGAAGAACUGCAAAGGAUAAAGAAUGAGAAAAAACAGAAACAAAAUGAGAGAAAACAAAAAAUAUCAGAAAAUCGCAAACAUUUGGCUAGUGUACGUGUCGUACAAAAAAACCUCGUCUUUGUUGUAGGUUUAUCUCAGCGCCUAGCAGACCCAGAGGUUUUAAAACGACCAGAAUAUUUUGGGAAGUUUGGUAAAAUACAUAAAGUGGUCAUCAAUAAUAGCACAUCAUAUGCAGGCUCACAGGGUCCAAGUGCCAGUGCUUAUGUAACCUAUAUCCGGUCAGAAGAUGCUCUCAGAGCCAUACAGUGUGUCAACAAUGUGGUAGUAGAUGGCAGAACACUUAAGGCAUCUCUAGGUACAACAAAAUACUGCAGUUACUUCUUAAAGAAUAUGCAGUGUCCAAAACCUGACUGCAUGUAUCUUCAUGAAUUGGGGGAUGAGGCGGCCAGCUUCACAAAAGAGGAAAUGCAGGCGGGUAAACACCAAGAAUAUGAACAGAAGCUACUUCAAGAAUUAUAUAAAUUAAAUCCCAAUUUUCUUCAGCUAUCUACGGGUUCAGUUGAUAAAAAUAAGAACAAAGUGACACCACUGCAGAGGUACGAUACCCCCAUUGACAAACCUUCAGAUUCUCUCAGUAUAGGGAAUGGUGACAAUUCCCAGCAGAUAUCUAACAGUGAUACGCCUUCACCACCACCUGGUUUGUCAAAAUCCAAUCCAGUCAUCCCCAUCAGUUCAUCCAAUCACAGUGCACGGUCCCCUUUUGAAGGGGCAGUAACAGAGUCACAGUCGUUAUUCUCAGACAAUUUUCGCCAUCCCAACCCUAUCCCAAGUGGGCUUCCUCCUUUCCCCAGCUCCCCACAGACAUCCAGUGACUGGCCUACAGCACCAGAACCACAGAGCCUCUUCACAUCAGAAACAAUCCCAGUAUCAUCCUCUACAGACUGGCAAGCAGCUUUUGGCUUUGGUUCUUCUAAACAACCAGAGGAUGACUUGGGUUUUGAUCCCUUCGAUGUCACUCGAAAAGCCUUAGCAGACCUGAUUGAGAAGGAACUGUCCGUUCAAGACCAACCUUCCCUUUCACCCACAUCUCUUCAGAACUCCUCUUCACACACUACAACCGCCAAAGGUCCAGGCUCUGGAUUCCUGCAUCCUGCUGCAGCUACAAAUGCCAAUUCUCUCAAUAGUACCUUUUCAGUCUUGCCCCAGAGGUUCCCUCAAUUUCAGCAGCACCGAGCGGUUUAUAAUUCAUUCAGUUUUCCAGGCCAGGCAGCCCGCUAUCCUUGGAUGGCCUUUCCACGCAAUAGCAUCAUGCACUUGAACCACACAGCAAACCCCACCUCAAAUAGUAAUUUCUUGGACUUGAAUCUCCCGCCACAGCACAACACAGGUCUGGGAGGGAUCCCUGUAGCAGGGGAAGAAGAGGUGAAGGUUUCGACCAUGCCACUGUCAGCCUCUUCCCAUUCAUUACAACAAGGACAGCAGCCUACAAGUCUCCACACUACUGUGGCCUGACAACAGAACUGAGAGGAGAGGAUUAGACUCUGGGGUGCUUGCAUGGGCAACUGGAUUUUUGCAUGAUUCGUUUAUGAUUUUGCAUUUAAUGUAUACACCCAAAAGAGCCAAUAUAAACGUUCCUGAUGCCUACAGCUAGCGUGUUACCUCAUAGUUGCUUAAGUAUUUCUUCUUUAGGCCUUUAACAUAAUUUAUUAGUGUAAUAAUUUUGGCAUUGUUUCUCAUGAGUGAUACUAUUUCUAACUCAUAAAAACAAAACUUGUAGUACUAAGAUCCCAGGUGAGAUUAGCUAGAAUUGUUCUUAUUUUGGCUCUAUUAUUGAAAAAUUAUACAAAGGUAAUGGUAGUACCUUUUUUUCUGGUUUGUGAAAAAAUAAUAUCCUAAUCUCCUGAAAAAUUUGAAAAUUAACAAGAUAAUGUCUGUUGCGUUCUUUGAAUACUUGAGAAGAAAGAAUACAUAUAAAACAAAAUCGGUGGUGUCAUUUAAUGCUCAGAAGGAUAUUGUUGGCGAUUGUUUUUAGUUGUCUAGAUUUAUAUCCUAUAAUAUGCAUUACAUGUGUAGAAACUGUUUUGUUCUUUCUCUUUUGCACUUUUGCACUUUCUUUUUGAAUGGUUGUUAAUUAUGCGUAGAUGGUUAAAAGAUAAUUAUAGCCUAAAUGCAAUAUAAUCUCUUUUCUAAUGCACUGCCUAGUAUACCAGGAAAUGCCUCAAAAACAGAACUUCAGUUUAUAGUUGACUUAUCUGAAACUUGAAUACCGAGUAAACAUUGUAUGUGAAAAGCAACCAUGGUAGUGUAACGUUACUGAACAAACAGUAAUUCUGUGGGAUAUUGUUUUGGAAAUUCAUUGUUUAAUAAUUAAAAUGUGAUAGUAAGAUAAUAUUAUAAGUACCUGACCAGAAUGAGACUAAGGCAGAAGAGAAGAGAUUGGAUGUCCGCUAAAAUUAGGCCACCUAAAUUGUAACAGAUAAUUUUAAUCAAGAGAAUAGUGGAGUACUUUAUUAGGACAUAAUGUGAAGUGAUAUUUCUGAAAAUACAUUUCUUGAAAUAGUUUUAAAACUGAUAAUAAAAGAAAAGAAACUGUACUUAGUUGGGAACAAUGGACAAAAGCUGAUUCAGAAAACAUGGCCAUAUUCUGCCUAAAUGAAGCAUCUGGGAAGAAAGGGAAAGUCACACCUCCUUUUGAUAUUUUAACCGUUGUGAUAAAAGGUAUGCUUUAAUUUGUUUAAAAAAAAAAAAAGUAUGAAAGGGGAUAAUGUGAAUACAAAAAAAGAAGCCUGGAGAUUGAAAAUAAUAAUAGAACAUGUUAUUAGGAGAUGGUACUUAAUGUCAAUGUUGGAGUUUUCAAGGUUACCUCUAUAUAAAAUUGGAUUACUACUAGAUAUAAUGUGACAAAUUAAAUGACUUUAUCCCAAGGUACAGUGAGGUAAACAAAAAUCUAUUCUUAGAUAUCCUUAGAUUUGGUUAACUGAGGCUGUAGAAGCAGCGAAUUGUCUAACCAUUUAAGUUAUUUUUGUAAAAUUCAACGUAAAUAUCAAUCGCUAAUUUCUAUCUAGAAGUGAUUUUAAGACAUUACAAGAACAUUGCCAAUUUGGAAAAUACCAAUAAAAUACUGUAGACUUAUUAAACAUCAGCCUUUUACUAUGGCUUAAUUUAAUUAUGGUUUUCAUUUUUACUGUAAGAGGCCAGGACUUCACUUAUGUCUCCUGUGGGGCUGAGGCUCCUGGGCCUUGUUGUUAUAACAAACUCUGGCUCCUUAUGAUGAUGCCUACUAGCUCAAAGCUUUCUCCAGCCUUCAGUGUUAGCCUUUCAUUGCCUGGAUCUUCUUACAAAGCCAUACCAAGUGGUUAGUUCCAUUUGCUGCUUGGUGUUGAGAGGUAUACCUGUUAAAUGAGGCUUCUUUCCUUUCUCAUUCAUAGCCAGUGCGGAAAAAUCAUCAGGUAGUUUGCCCAGAUUUGCCAGAGCCCUAAAUAAAAUCCCAAAAUGAUCUCCCUACCUGCUUCUCCUCCCCACUCCCACUUACAUGCACACCAUAAAUCAGGAAAAUGCUUUUUGGGCAAUUAGACUUUGACUUCUAAAUUUUUACAUAGAAUGGCUAAACAUGAUCUUUUGACUCACUUUGUAAUCCCUAGACCUCACCUUUUUGCUUACCUAAUAUUUUAUUUAAAUAUAUUUUUUUUUAAAAACUGAAGUCUUAAAAUCAUAGUCAUAAUUAAUUUUACACUAAAGGACAGAAGAAAUUGUACAACACAUAAAAGAAGCCAGCACUUCACAUAGCAAGCAAAUUGAAACCAAAAUGACAGAAGAAUGACAAAUUCUUUAAAAGCUUCAGGUUUUGAUGUUGUUGUUAAAUUCCUGCAUGAUGCAUCAUGUGCAAGGCAAACUUAAUACACUUUUAUACCCUUAACCUUUAUAAAGUGACUAGCUUUUCCCUUAACAUAGGAAUUUUUAACCUGGAGCACAGACUUUUGAGAGUACAUACAGAAUUGUGGGUUUGUGUGCAUGUACGUAUGUCCAUUUUUUUCUGGGGAGAAGAUCCAUAGUUACUAGAUUUGUGAAGGAUUUGGUGACACGCUUCUCCUAUCAAAAAAAAAAAAAAAAA